AUGGCGGAUAUCUUAACGCAACUGCAAACAUGCCUUGACCAGUUCGCAACCCAAUUCUACGCUACACUAGGCUACCUCACAACCUACCAUGACAAUUCCCCCGCCAUUCCCCCCUCACAUGUCCCUGAUGCCGCACCCGCCCUAGCUAGAAUAUCCAAGAACACCACCACCCCACCAAUCCCCGCGUCGCUUGCCGGAACUGCCGAGGGGAGCGCUGCGGCAGGCCAAGCAUCUCCUCCGCCACCGGCCCAACAGACUGUUGCCGACGGGGAGGAGGAAGCGGACCCCAGCCUCCCACCGCGUCCCGACUCGCCGCGCACAUUCUCGCGACGGCAGCGUGAGUUGGCGCGCGAUCUCAUUAUCAAGGAGAAGCAGAUCGAGCACCUGAUCUCUGUCUUACCCGGAAUUGGGGCCUCAGAGGCAGAGCAGGAGGCGAGGAUUCGGGAGCUGGAGGUGCAAUUGCGGCAGGUUGAAACGGAGAGGGAGGGAAAGGUGAAAGAGCUGGCGGCUCUUCGGGGCCGAUUGGAGAAGGUGCUUGGUGCUGUUUCGGUUGGGAUUCAUGGGGAUCGUCAUUGA